AUGGACUGGGGGCGAGGGCACGAGGGGCCGCGGGCUGUUCCGCUGCUGUGGGAGCGCUGGGGGCACAGGUGGGGAGCAGAGCCUCCCCCGGUCAAGGCUGAGGGAGCACCAGAGGAGUGCAUGAACCGCACCCGGAAGAGCGUGACGUUUGAGGGUGUCAUUCCUGCACCCAGGGAGCUUGUGCUGAGGGAGGCACCAUCCGGGAGCCACAGUCGUAGGAUGUGGGCCUCGAGCUGGCUCUGGAGGCAGCAGAGCAGAAGGAAUGUUCUAGAACAAGGCCCUAUGGUAGGCGGGGGCUCUGUGGCUGGCGUCUUCGAGCUACAGUUAAUGCUGCGUCUGGCUGAUGGCACUUGCUUCCUGGUGAUGGAGCUCUGGAGCUGCCAAGCACGGGUGGCCGUCCCUGUCCCUGCGUGUGUGUCGCGGGCGCCCCAGGUUAGCCGCGGGCGUGGCACGGCCCCCGCACCCGAGAGCAGUCCCGGGAGUUGUGUUCCCGAGAGGAGUGCCUGCUUCGGGCCCCCAGGACCCCAGGCCUCCCUCCUCCGAGACGGCCGAGCCGACCGGCUCCCCUCUGGUAUGGUCCUCGUGCGGAGCGAGAACGGGCAGUUGUUAAUGAUUCCUCAGCAGGCCUUGGCCCAGAUGCAGGCCCAGGCCCACGUGCAGACCCAGCCUCAGACCACCAUGGCGCCCCGCCCUGCAACCCCCACAAGUGCCCCUCCCGUCCAGAUCUCUACCGUACAGGCACCUGGGACCCCUAUUAUUGCACGGCAGGUGACCCCAACAACCAUAAUCAAGCAAGUGUCUCAGGCCCAGACGACGGUACAGCCCGCCACGGCACUGCAGCGCUCGCCCGGAGUGCAGCCUCAGCUGGUUCUGGGUGGCGCUGCCCAGACAACUUCCCUCGGGACGGCCACGACUGUUCAGACGGGGACACCUCAGCGAACGGUGCCAGGGGCCACCACCACCUCCACGGCUGCCACGGAAACCAUGGAAAACGUGAAGAAAUGUAAAAACUUUCUAUCUACAUUAAUAAAACUGGCCUCAUCUGGUAAACAGUCUACAGAGACAGCCGCUAACGUGAAAGAGCUGGUCCAGAACCUACUGGAUGGAAAAAUCGAAGCGGAAGAUUUCACCAGUAGGUUAUACCGAGAACUUAAUUCUUCACCUCAACCUUACCUUGUGCCUUUCCUGAAGAGAAGCUUGCCCGCCUUGAGACAGCUGACCCCCGACUCCGCGGCCUUCAUCCAGCAGAGCCAGCAGCAGCCGCCGCCCGCCUCGCAGGCCACCACCGCGCUCACGGCCGUGGUGCUGAGCAGCUCGGUCCAGCGCACGGCCGGGAAGACGGCGGCCACCGUGACCAGCGCUCUCCAGCCCCCUGUCAUCAGCCUCACGCAGCCCACACAGGUUGGCGUUGGCAAGCGGGGGCAGCCCACGCCGCUGGUCAUCCAGCAGCCGCCCAAGCCCGGAGCACUGAUCCGCCCGCCGCAGGUGACGUUGACGCAGACGCCCAUGGUCGCUCUCCGGCAGCCUCACAGCCGCAUCGUGCUCACCGCGCCUCAGCAGAUCCAGCUGAACCAGCUGCAGCCAGUGCCCGUGGUGAAGCCCGCCGUGCUACCUGGAACCAAAGCGCUCUCUGCCGUCUCGGCUCAAGCAGCUGCCGUGCAGAAAAACAAACUCAAGGAGCCCGGGGGAGGCUCGUUUCGGGAUGACGACGACAUCAACGACGUGGCCUCGAUGGCGGGAGUAAACCUGUCGGAAGAAAGUGCACGAAUAUUAGCCACGAACUCUGACUUAGUGGGCACCCUGACGCGAUCCUGUAAGGAUGAAACCUUUCUCCUACCAGCGCCUUUACAGAGAAGAAUCCUAGAGAUCGGUAAAAAACACGGCAUCACGGAGUUGCAUCCGGACGUGGUGAGUUACGUAUCACACGCCACGCAGCAGAGGCUACAGAAUCUCGUGGAGAAAAUAUCAGAGACGGCCCAGCAGAAGAACUUCUCGUACAAGGAUGAUGACAGAUACGAGCAGGCAAGUGAUGUCCGGGCUCAGCUCAAAUUUUUUGAGCAGCUUGAUCAAAUUGAAAAGCAGAGGAAAGACGAGCAAGAGAGAGAGAUCCUCAUGCGGGCGGCCAAGUCUCGAUCCAGACAAGAAGACCCAGAACAGCUAAGGUUGAAACAGAAGGCAAAAGAGAUGCAGCAGCAGGAACUGGCGCAGAUGAGGCAGCGGGACGCCAACCUCACCGCGCUCGCUGCCAUCGGGCCCCGGAAGAAGCGGAAGGUGGACUCUCCGGGACCAGGGUCGGGGACGGAGGGGUCGGGCCCAGGCUCGGCGGUCCCAGGCAGCUCCGGCGUCGGAACCCCCAGACAGUUCACGCGACAAAGGAUCACGCGGGUCAACCUCAGGGACCUCAUAUUUUGUUUAGAGAAUGAGCGUGAGACAAGCCAUUCACUGUUGCUCUACAAAGCAUUCCUCAAGUAG